AUAACCCGUUCUUGCCUCAAACAAAUAGGCUACAACCAAAGAUGUCCCCAUCCGCAAUAUCAGGCCCUGCACAUCUCUUUAGGCUUGCUGGCAAGUGUUUCAGUUUCGUGGAGUCCACGUACAAGUAUGAGUUUUGUCCUUUCCAUAAUGUCACUCAGCAUGAGCAGACUUUUCGAUGGAAUGCCUAUAGUGGGAUUUUAGGAAUCUGGCAUGAGUGGGAAAUCGGCAACAACACAUUUGUUGGGAUGUGGAUGAGGGAAGGAGACUCAUGUGAAACUAAGAGCAGACAGACAAAGGUUCAUCUUGUUUGUGGCAAGAGCAAUAAAUUGGCUUAUGUGUCUGAGCCGACUACUUGUGUUUACUCUCUGACAUUUGAGACUCCUCUUGUGUGCCAUCCCCACUCUCUUCUAGUUUAUCCGACCCUGACUGAAGCACUACAAAGGAAGUGGGAUGAAGCAGAACAGCUUCUGUAUGAUGAACUAAUAACUGACCAGGGAUACAAAAAAAUACUGAAAGAGAUUUUCGAGGAAGCAGGACUUCUAAAGGCAACAGAAGAAAAGGAAGUUGAGAAACAGAAUAAGAAAAUAAGACUGGAAUUUGGAACAGUGGAGAAGUGCAGUAAGGAAUACAAGCAACUUUCCAAAGAAAUAAAAAAACUGAAAGAUUUAUUAAGUCAGCACGGUAUUGCAUACAGAGGAAAUUCUG